AUGCUGUUUGACAAGACCCGGAUCCUUGCAGACUUUGACGAUCUGGUCGCCCGGCAAAUAGUCCUCUACGGUCCAGGGACGGUCAUCAGUAUUAUAGACAAAGCUUUUCAGUUUGAUUUCCGCAUAUGUCCCGCGCUGGCGUCGAAGCCGGCGACAAUUGGGGCCACCGAAAAUGCCGGAGUCGACACAGUCCCGAAAUAUGGCCCUGGGAGCGACCUCGCUGACGCCGAUCCGAAAUUGGUCGUGUCAAAAAUCCGUGAUACGCACCUUCUGGUUUUGAACCGGUUUGCCGUCUUCCGGCCCCAAUACUUGAUCCUAACGCUGGACUCGUUCAAGCGGCAGACUGAGAGCCUCGACAGGACCGACCUCGCUGCCGCGUGGACGGUCAUGCAAGCUCUGCCGGACGAACACUUCGUCAUGUACAACUGUGGGAGUGAGGCCGGCUGCAGCAGAUUGCACAAACACCUGCAAGUCAUCCCUUGUUCGAACGGUUUGACCAUGUUUCCCGAGCAGCAUGGCCUCGACCCCAUGGACAUUCCAUUCAAGUACUUCAUUCGACCCAUCGAUUCUUCGACACAUGCCUCGCCUGGUCGGCUGCAUGCGAUGUAUCAAACCCUCCACGGAGAGGCCCAGCAGGCGUGGCAAUCUUGCACAGAAACAACGCUGGAAUAUUUCCCCCACAACGUGAUGCUCACCAAGCGUUGGAUUAUGGUCGUUCCCAGACGCCGAGCAGCGUUCCAGGGCGCGAGUGCCAAUGCCGCCGGCAUGAUGGGCAUGGUGUGGCUGACGAAUGCACAGCAACUGGACAAGUGGAAGGAAAUCGGUCCUGCUCGAGUGCUCGAGGAGCUUGGAGUCCCAAACCGACGUGGCCAGCCUGCUAUGAAGACACCUAAUUGUCACAUGUAG